AUGUCCAGCGAAGGCAGGCCUUCAAGAAAGCGACACGACUCCAAAGCCGGCUCGAAAAGGAGCACGAAGGACGAGGACGACAGCGGCCUCGGCACGAGCAAGUCCAGAACGCGCUCAUCUGGUACGGCACCCGAGGCAGUGCCCAAAACUCCUGCAGCAGUGCCUAGUCGCCCGACGACCAGGCAAAGUCGCACCAAGUCACCGGCGGAGCGCAAGUCUCCCGGAACGCCCGUCAAAUCCGCGCUGAAGAGAGCGGUGGGGUCGUGUAUCAGAGGUUCCUCUCCAGAGCCACCUUCCCUGGGGGCGUCUCCCCAGAAAGUGGCUGCUAGAACAGCGGAGUGGGCCAAAGAGCAGAGCGAUGCGACCCCGUUGAUUGAGGUCGAGGGGCCGUCCGGCCCAACGCUUCGAGUGUACCACGAGCCAAAGUUCCACAUCUUCGAGAACAGAGGUGAGGUUCUCGAGGUGUUUCCACCCGAAGUGCUUGAGAAGGAGGGAAUACCUAAGCAGGCCCCGUUAGCCACGACGGAAGAUCUCUGCUCUCCGGGUGAGACUCCGGGCAGUCCGAUUCCUUCGACGUCGUUCACCGUCAAGGCUACAAUCCACGAACCGCCACCUUCGGAUCGUUCACCGACGCCACCAGAAAGACGGUACCCUCGCCGUCAGCCAGCCAAAAAGAAAGGUGAAAACUCGCAUAGCAAUGGCGAGCCGAAACCGCCAGAAAAAUGA